GUCUGGGGGAAGCAGCCUUUGGCCACGAACGUGUAAAUGUCACCGAGUUUGUUGGAGCUGGACUCGACCACCACCUCCUCCUCGGCGACCUGCAGCGACUCCGCGCUCAACAUGUCAGCUCGCACUUCCGGUUCAGUUCUUUGACAGUUAUAUCGCUUGUUGAUUUUCUGGCCGGGAGACACCAUGGAUGAAGAACCAGAGAGAGCCAAACGCUGGGAAGGCGGCUACGAGAGGACAUGGGAAGUGCUGAAGGAGGAUGAAUCUGGCUCACUCAAAGCCACAGUGGAAGAGAUCCUGUUCCAGUCCAAAAGGAAAAGGGUGAUCGAAAGCCAUGAACAAGUGAGGCUUGGGAUGAUGCGACACCUCUAUUUGGUGAUCGACUGUUCGAGAAGUAUGGAAGACCAGGACCUGAAACCGAACCGCCUCACCUCCUCUCUGAAGCUGAUGGAAGCGUUUGUGGACGAGUAUUUUGACCAAAACCCCAUCAGUCAGGUCGGCAUCAUCACCACAAAGAACAAAAGGGCUGAGAAGUUGACUGACCUGACAGGAAACCCAAAGAAACACACUGCUGCUCUGAAGAAAGCAGUGGACACCGUGUGCGCAGGAGAGCCGUCCCUGUACAACUCUCUCAGCCUGGCCAUACAGUCGCUCAAACACAUGCCUGGACACACAAGCCGGGAGAUCCUGAUAGUCCUCAGCAGCCUCACCACAUGCGACCCAGGCAAUAUCUACGAACUGAUCAAGACCCUGAAGUCGCUGAAGGUGCGGGUGUCGGUCAUCGGCUUGUCGGCAGAGGUGCGGGUGUGUACGGUGUUGACCAGGGAGACUGGCGGCUUUUACCACGUGAUCCUGGACGAGAGUCACUUCAAAGAGCUUCUGAUGAUGCACGUCAAACCUCCCCCAGCCAGCUCCUCCUCCGAAUGCUCUUUAAUACGCAUGGGUUUUCCUCAGCACGUGCUCGCUGCUCUGACCGACCAGGACGCCAAGCCCUCGUUCAGCAUGUCUCACCUGGAGGGCGGCAGCGGCGGUCCAGGUCUGUCUCUGGGAGGGUACUUCUGUCCGCAGUGCCACGCCAAGUACACGGAGCUUCCCGUGGAGUGUAAAGUCUGUGGUUUAACUCUGGUGUCGGCCCCCCACCUCGCCAGAUCCUUCCACCACCUCUUCCCCCUCCAGGCCUUUGUGGAGAGUCCCAUGCAGGAGCUCCAGGGAGACAGGUUCUGUCAAGCUUGUGAAGGGGAGCUAAAGGAUAAACGUAUAUUCACCUGUCCAUCGUGUCACGGCGUGUUCUGUACGGAGUGUGACCUCUUCAUCCAUGACUCGCUCCACUGCUGCCCCUGUUGCAUUCACAGUCACAUCGGCCCAUGAAGCUGGGAGGCCGAUCAUCAGACAGAGACUGAUGUGUGCAGUGUGUACAGUCACUGCGUGUCUUGUCGUAGUGUUUGGAGUUUAGUCGUACAUCAAGCACAUACCGGCUAAUGAUAUGCAUCCAAUCAGUGUUGUCCACCUUCUGAUAACACAGAUCCAAAGUGGUCACAUUUCAAAGAUGGGCGCGAAAUACUGGAUCGACGGUGGAAGCAUCUAUGUUCAACAAACAAUAUUCUGAGUUGGACCAAAGCUGCAUCUCUAUUUCACCUUAAGAUACCUUUAAGAAAAUAAAAAAAGAACAUUGAGCCAUCAUUAAAGAAAGAAAUACAUGACCUUCUCAGGUCUGAUACAAUCAUGUCAACAGUUUGUAGGGAAAUAUUCUAACAACGGUGCUGAGUUGGACCAAAGCUCCAUCUGGGCCGCUGAAAGUCAGAAUUAUUUUGGGUGUAUUUUUUGUACAGUUUUGUACUACAGAUCAGAUUAUGACAGCGAAGCUGAAAUAAAAUUUUUUUUGUACUUGUCAA